AUGGAAGUAAGACAACCGCAUCUUCGACUAAUCAGACCCGGUUCAUAUGCGCCGGCGGAUCUUAAUGUUCAAUCAAAAAUGCAGGUUGACUUCUGGAGAAACGUGAAAAUCGAAGGUGAAAUAACGGUGUCCCUUGGCGUAUGCUCACUGUUCACGUCGGUUAAUUUGAGUACAGCGACGUUGGCGGUUGCUACAGUCCUGAACAACCAGAUGGCCAUGAAUGGACCACUUGGGAGAGAACGGACAUGCGAACUACCAGACCUAGGCUUGACAACCUACUUUGAGUUCGAUGGAGAAUAUUACGAACAACUGAAAAUAGUACCAAUGGGAUCACCAGUCAGUGAUUUUAUCAUGGAAGUUGUAACGCGGCAGAUGGAGCGGACAGUGCUACCAAAUAUUAGACCAAAUGUACGAAUGCGAUAUCUGAAUGACACACUUGUCAACGUAAUGGAAAAUGAGCAGCCACGAGCGAAUCUAAUCUGA